AGAAAUACAAAAACAAAAUGAUUUCUGAUAAAAUUUGUUCUCUUUCAUCAUAAAAAUGUCACACAGACAUGUUAAAACUCUAAAAACAGGAUUUUCAUCAAAGGAGGACUUUAAACAGCUCUUUAAAAAGGCAUUUGAACUCAUGCUCCCAGUCUGGUUCUUCAUUUAGGACCUCUCUACAAUGGGAGACCUCACCAGGGGCAUUUGCCCUGAAGAACAUUGCUCCUAGGAUCACACAAGUUCUCAAAUCACACACUAAAAUAAGGUAGAGGGGCAAAUUGUUGAUUUCCUUUAUAAUCUAUCAUAUAUAUCUAUCAUUUUGCUGCAGUCACUAACCUAAUUGUUGGUCUCAUAACAGAUGUUUUAAAAGGUUUUAUUUUGUCCGAGUCUGGCUCUGCUGGAGGUUUUCUUCAUAAUUAUUAUGUGGAGAAAAUAAUCUGAUUUUGUUGGAAGAGUCCAAACUGAAUUGAAUUAUAAUUAUUUUAAACACAUUGUAUUGCAGGAAUCGUGAUUUGGUUUUUCUUCACUAUGCAGUGUCUACAGCAGGGGUCUGCAACCUUCAAGUCUGAAAGAGCCAUUUUGGGUUGAUUUCUCAGUGACUACAACCCAGUAGAAGUCUUCAAUCACCCCUCAAAAAAACAAGACACUGAUUCGUAUUAAUGCUAUCGUUACUAUUAUAAUAGAAACACAAACAUUGCAUGAGUAUAAAACACAAACAUUAAAAGAAAAUAGCCUUUAUUUUUUACAAACUUCUGACAAAAGUUCCUGUGACUUCCUUUCAAAAUAAAAGACACAUGUGAUCAUCUCUAUGCAGCAAAAGUAGCAGCAGCAAGUGUAAUGUCAGCAGUAAUUAAAUAAAAAUACAGAUAAUUUUACUGUUGUUGGUGCAUAAAAUGUAAAUUUAACAAACCAAAAUGAAAUCUGAGCUAUUUAACCAGGUGAUUAACGUCCAUUGAUUUUCUUUAGGACAGUUCGACUCGUGGUACUGUCCUUCAACUUUUUAUGAGUUAAAGUUUGAGUUUGCUUAUUUUUCCUUUACUACUUUCUCACUUCUUACUUUACAGUUGCUUUUUAACAUGUAGAGACUUUUUUUUUUUUUCUCUAACCAGAGAGCCUCAAUGGAGGAGUAAAAGAGCCACAUGUGGCUCCGGAGCUGCCGGAGACACUUUUAAUUGCAAAUUAUUUUAUAUCAAGAAAAAAGAAAAAAAAACAGUAAAGUUUAGGAUAAGAUAAAGAAACAGCAGAAAAUGACCUCAAAGCAGAUGUUGGUCUCUAUCUUUGACUUCUUGUACUUGUGUAACCUCUUUCCUGCUGGCAUUCAGAUUAUGUUGUUGGUUUUCAUCCACUUCUGAGUUGUUUUUGAAAUCUGCAGUCUGUUCUGAUCCUGAAUCACUCAAGGAACCUCUGAAACGAGAACAGCCCUGAUGAGGAGACUCGUCGGCUGAACGUUCCUCAGGUCUGGAUGGAGGUUCAGUUUAGCGUUGGGCGGCAUGAAAACCAAGAACAUUGGUCCUCAAAAGAAUAGCUGCUCAAACGUCUGUGUGUAGUUCACUUCCUGUCAGAAGAAAGAGGAGGGGCCAAGGUGGCAGCACCCCUCCCCCUCCCUCCUCUCCAGCUUUCCAUUCGUCGUCACUCUGGAAUGAACUCAGGCUGCAGAGCGGCGAGAACUGAAGGCUGAAAACAGACAGUGGAGGAUGUGAAGAACGAAGGAGAAGAGCGCCGUGAGAAGGUCGCUGACAGCUGUCAAUCACUUGAUCUGAACCAUUCAGAAGACAGACGAAGGGAGGGCUGAUGGACAGGAAGCCUGCGCUUCGGCUCAAAGAAAUCCAUCUCUUGGUCGGGAGAGGCAGCCAUGCUGGGAUCUGUUAAAGGACCGACAGGAAGCCAGAAUAUGCUGCACUUCCUGUUGGGUGUGUUCCUGGUGUGGCCUGAAGGGGGUGUUGUUACCUUGGAGCUGCUUCCUUCAGCCUCACAAGUUCUGCUCGAACCAAACUCCAAUUUUUCUGUGGUAUGCUCCGGGUGGAGUCCGGUGUCAUGGCUGCUGCCUCAGCACUCCAACACCAGCAGGGUCCUCGUGGAGACCAGAGACUCCAGCAGCACUCUGCAGCUUUUCAACAUCACCUGGAGGGAUUCUGGGCAGUACAUCUGUAAGGAGGAGUCAGCUGAUCAGAGCCGCCAUGUCAACAUCUUCAUCCCUGGGGAGGGUACUGCUGAAUGGUUCGUUCCAUUGAGUUCAGGGGUGGUAAUGAAAGAGGAGGAGGAGGAGGCAACCAUUCCCUGUGUGGUGUCUGACCCUCAGCUCAAUGUGUCGCUGUAUGAGCGUCCCAGCAGGACGCUGGUCCAGGGGAUCAUGUACCAUCCAGCUCUGGGCUUCACAGGAAACCUAACUGACACGUCAUACAUGUGCUUGGCCUCCCGUGGAGAUGAAGAAAGAGAGUCACAGGUGUACUAUGUUUUCAUCGUCGUAGCUCCUAAGAGGAUGCAAGUGGAGCUGUGGGCAUCCAGCAGUGUGCUGAAGCAGGGGGAGGUCCUCACCAUCAACUGCACCACCAACUAUGAAAUGGUAUUUUUCACAUGGACCUUCCCGCGCAGACAGGAGGUGGAGCCUCUGAUGGAGUUUCUACCCAACCAAUCCCGCACCUUCAUCAAUAUCACCGCAGCAACUGCAGCAGAUUCAGGUGUGUAUAUGUGCACAGUGGAGGAACCAGUGCACGGGAAAAGGGCGGGAAAAAACAUCAGUGUGCAAGUGCUGGAGCGAGGUUAUGUCUAUCUAUGGCCAGUGAGCGGCGCUAACGUGUCAGCUCUGCAACAUCACAUGGUAGAGUUGACGGUGGAGGUUAAUGCCCUCCCCACCCCCACCAUCACCUGGACCAGAAACAACCUGACCAUCACUGAGGAAACAGCCUCCGUUUCCAACCGUCACUUGACAGGAA